UCAGCCCCGCAGCCUCUUGGGCCAUCUGGGGCCUCGGAACCUCUUUAGUGCCGGAGUUCGGGCCGCAGGCGGCGGGCGAGCAGGUGACGGACCGCGGCCUGGCGGUGCUGGGGACAGCCGGAGCCCCGGGACGGCGCGGCCUGGGGGCCGAGUGGGGGCCUCGGUCCACCCUAGCGGGGUUGUAGGGCCCCCGGGAAGAUCCCCCAGGGAGCCUCCAAGCACCCGCUUGCCGCGAACCUGCCGACUUAGCGUUAAGGAGUGGGACCAUGGAAGGCUCUGGCCAGGCUUUACUCGUCCCAGAGGCUUUGUUUUGUACCUCCUGAAGGAGAGUGGUGGGCUUGGGGUCGCUAAGGGAGAGGGGAAGGACGAGUGUCUGGCUUGCGGAUGACCUCUGGACCGCGGUGGCAGGUACUCAGCUCCAGAUUCCGUAUAGAAGGAACACCUGGACCCCAGCCUAUCAAUGGCGUCAAGACCACCAGAAGUACCUGCUCUUGCCCCCAGUGGGCCUCUAGGCAAGAUGUCCCUGCCCAUCGGGAUGUGCCGCCGGGCAUUCAGCUAUGAUGAUGCCCUGGAGGACCCUGCGCCCAUGACUCCUCCUCCAUCGGACAUGGGCAGCAUCCCCUGGAAGCCAGUGAUUCCAGAGCGCAAGUAUCAGCAUCUCGACAAGACAGAGGAAGGCGCGGCCAGUGUCUCUUCCCUUGCUGUGACUCCAUCAACAGCCACUGACAGUGCAGACAAGGCGCCUGUGGUGAAGGCUAAAGCUACCCAUGUCAUCAUGAAUUCCCUGAUCACAAAACAGACUCAGGAGAGCAUCCAGCGUUUUGAGCAACAGGCGGGCCUGAGAGAUGCUGGCUACACACCCCAUAAGGGCCUCACCACGGAGGAGACCAAGUACCUCCGAGUGGCAGAAGCCCUCCAUAAACUGAAGCUGCAGAGUGGAGAGACAACAAAAGAAGAGAAGCACCCUGCUUCAGCCCAGCCCAGCCCCAGCAGCACCCCUCACUCAUCCCCUAAGCAGAGGUCCAGAGGCUGGCUCCCCUCUGGCUCCUCCACAGCCUUACCUGCCCCGAAUCCUCACACCAUGGAUCCUGGCAGUGGAAAUGAUAGGAACUCAGCAGACAAAUGGAGCCUCUUUGGACCGAGACCCCUGCAGAAGUCUGAUUCUGGUUUUGCCAUCCAGGCUUACAAAGGUGCACCGAAACCCUCUCCUAUGGAGCUCAUGCGUGCCCAGGCCACACGAGUAGGUGAAGAUCCAGCAACCUUCAGGCCGCCUAAGAUGGACAUCCCAAUGAUAGAAGGGAAGAAACAACCAACUCGAACCCAUACUAUCAAACCCCGUGACCUGAAUGUGCUCACACCCACUGGCUUCUAGAAUGCUUUCUGUCCAGGCUCUUCAGCUUUCCCUGGGCUCUGACAUAGGAGUGACAUAGUUAACUGAGGCCUAGUGACAUUGUACAGAUUGUCCCUGUGUGAGAGGAACCAUUUUGCACUGCUUUCAGGUUGGUGGAAAAUGUCAGAAGUGUAGAGUGGAGAACCUAUUAUUAUUAUUUUUUUAAUCAUUUAUCCUAGAGAGGGACUCUGACCCUUGCUUUCCUAGGUAAAUAGUGCUGGUGCGCUUUUAAAACUAAGGCCUCUUGAUUCUUUUUCCAUGAUCACUAUGAGCGGCAACAAGUCACGACAGAUGUGCCCGCCAGCUAGUGUGGACAGCCUGUGGCCUCCUGGCGUGCUUUAGCCUUGUAUGUGGGCCUGGACUUGUCUGAGAGUGGCGUACAGCUCACACCUACGCUUGGCAGGACCCUGGUCUCUAAGCUCAACUACAGGGUAUGUAGCCCUGUCUGUCCUAGAGCUAGCUCUGUAGACAAGGCUGGCCUUGAACUCAGAGAUCCACAUGCCUCUGCCUCCAGAGUGCUGGAUUAAAGGCAGGUACCACCGCUGAUCAGCUUAGGUUCUUUUUGUUGAUUAGUCACUGCACCACUUUUUUGUCCGAAUGGGCCCUUAUCUGCUGUGUCAGAACAGUAGUACCCACAGCCCCUUUUCUUUUACACUUCAACAUGAAAUUAGCUCCUGAUUAAGUCUACUGGUUUCAUAUUGGCGAGUGGUUCCUCCCCCCACCUUCCAUUACUGGCCUUACUCAUGCUAGGAAAGUGCUCUACCACAGAGCUUCACCCCUAGUGUGCUGUCUUAGUUGUGUGUGUUUUGGUUUUUGAGAUGGGUCUCACUAUGUAGUCCUGGCUAGCCUGAACUCGCCCAGUAGACUCAGAGAAGAUCUACCUGCCUCUGCCUCCCAGUGCUGGGAUUAAAGGCAUGUACCACCACUCCCAGCUUAAGCCUGUGUUAGGGUAAAGUAGACACAACUGGCUUGGGUUCUCAUGGCUUCAUGCAGGUUCUCAUGAGCUUGGUGUCACCUUAUUCUACCAAGUUAGCCUCAUAUGUUCAGUAACAUGUCUUAUGGAGGAAAGGCUGCAGGGAAAUGCUCUUCCCUUUGUCCUCAUUGUCCACAGGGUUUGCUAGGUCACUUAGAUAGCAGUUUGUUUACAUAAUGAGCUAACCUCACAGAGAAGCCCUGGAGUCUAAGAUUGCUGUAAAAUUAAUUUAUUUGUGUUAUCUUGUAUUGACAAUAAAAAUCUUUACUACUUUCUCAAA